GUCACGGACAACCUGCACAGGCUCCUGCGGCAUCUUCGGCUCCGGGAUGAAUCGCGGCGGCUCUGGAUCGACCAAAUUUGCAUCAACCAGAAGGAUGAAGUCGAGAAGGGCGCGCAGAUCAGACUGAUGACAGAGAUCUACGCAGGCGCUUCGCCCGUUGUGAUCUGGCUG